AUGCGCUUCGCUACCGCCGUCACGCUCCCGGCCGCCGCGCUGCUCGCCAGCGGCGCCGCCGUCUACGCCUCGCCCACGUCGCAGUCGCCGACGAGCUGCGACAAGCUGCAGCCGCCAAAGAUCCCCGGCGUCAAGUACCAGAGCGUCCAGCGCAUCCAGCACACCGACGCGCCCUUCCCCAACCCGCUCACCGGCGGCACCGUGCCGCUGUCGUACUGCGAGGUCAUUGUGACGCUCUCGCACGCCGGCGGCAACGACAACGUCAUCGUCAAGACCUGGCUGCCCAACGCCGACAAGUGGAACGGCCGCUUCCAGGGAACCGGUGGAGGAGGCUACCGCGCCGGAUACCUCGACAUCGCCCUCGCCCCCGCCGUGGCGCGCGGCUACGCCGCCGUCUCGACCGACGCCGGCGUCGGCCUGUCGGACACGGGCGACUUCAUCCUCAAGCCCAACAGCACCCGGAUCGACAAGACGCUCCUCGAAAACUUUUCCAAGCGCAGCCUGCACGAGAUGACCGUCAUGGGCAAGGACCUCACGCGCCAGUUCUAUGGCAAGAAGCACUUCUACUCAUACUGGAACGGCUGCUCGACCGGAGGCCGGCAGGGCUACAUGGAGGCUCAAAACUAUCCCGAGGACUACGAGGGCCUGCUGGCGGCGGCGCCGGCCAUCAACUGGGCGCGCUUCGUGCCCGCCGGCUACGUCGUCGACCUGUACCGCCAGAAGAUCGGCUACAACAAGCCCGCGUGCGAGCUUGCCGAGAUCACCAAGCGCGCCGUCGACGCGUGCGAUGGCCUCGACGGCUUCAAGGACGGCAUCGUCGCCGCCACGAGCGAGUGCCACUUUGACGCGUCGACGCUGGUCGGCCAGCCUUUCACCUGCAGCACGACGGGCGAGUCGCUCACCUUUUCCAAGGAGGGCGCCGACAUUGCCAACCUGGCGUGGCACGGUUUCGAGGAGAACGGCAAGCGCGUGUGGUACGGCGCCAACGUGGGCACCAACCUGACGCAAGUGAGCGGGAUUGACACGACGUUUACGCACUACUCGGACGCCUGGCUGCGCCUCGCAGUCGAACAGAACCGCGCCUUCAACCUGACGACGCUCGACGCGCACGGCCUGUACAAAGCGGUCAAGGAGAGCGUCAAGCGGUACGACGACCUGAUCGGCACCGCUGACCCGGACCUGCGCAAGGCGUACAAGCACGGCGCCAAGAUCCUCACCUGGCAGGGUCUGCAGGACCAGGCGGUGCUGCCGACGGGCGUCAUCGACUACUACACGCGCGUCAAGCAGAAGCUGGGCGGCAAGGUCAACAUCGACGACUUCUACCGUGUCUUUUUCGCGCCGGGCGUCCAGCACUGCCAGGGCGGCACGGGACCGCUGCCCGACGACCCGCUCGCCGCCCUGGUCGACUGGGUCGAGAAGGGCAAGGCGCCCGACCGCCUGCCCGCCACCACGCAGGACUCGCGCAAGCUGCAGCAGCCGCUGUGCAAGUACCCCAAGCUGCCGCGCUACACGGCCAACGGCGACCUCGAGUGCAGGGACACGGCGUUUGCCCAGAACUUUACCCCGCUCGACCCGCUCAGGCGCUGA